UUCGAACAAACCCAAGUCUCGCUCGCCAACUUGUCCGAGGAUUCAAUUGGAGAAGCCGAGCCUGUCCUGACGGCGAAGCUUUGAUUCUUCGUCCCUUCUCAUUCACCACUUGCGCUCUCUGUCUUUCUCAUACGUACGCUCUACCUUCGAGGAAAUGUUUCAGCCUUUUUCAGAUUCUCUCACUCAAUCACGCACUGUCCCCAUGGGAAUCGAAGAGAUCGAGCGACGCAUUUCGUCUUCAGCUUCGAUCCAUCAAUGGAAGUAUGACGUGUUCGUUAGCUUCAGGGGCAAAGACAUAAGGAAGACCUUCGCGGCCCACCUCUUCUAUGCGCUGAAGCAGGCGGGGAUCUACUACUUCUGGGACAAUGAGAAAGUGGAGACCGGGAUUUUCAUCGAGCCCAAGCUGCUCGACGCGAUUCGCCAUUCUAGGGUCGCCCUCGUCGUGUUCACCACCAAUUACGCCGACUCGCGGUGGUGCUUGAACGAGCUGGUGGAGGUCCUGGAGUGCAACAGGAGGUUCAGAGAUCAUCAGGGUCACGUCGUUCUGCCCAUUUUCUAUGAUGUUGAGCCAGGGGACAUUCGGAGACAGAGCGGACGAUUCGGGGAUGGUUUCGAAAGGUGUUUGGCCACCCACACGGACGAUUUGCUGGUGCAGAAGUGGAGGGAUGCGCUUAAAGAAGCUGGGAAUUUGUCAGGAUGGCACUUGAAUAAUGAUGCUAACGGGGAUCAAUCAAACUUCAUCGAGCAAAUUGUAGGACAUCUCUAUAGGAUCAGUCCUACACGAAUCUCCCCCUAUUUUGUCAAAAAUGCGAUUGGGGUAGAUUCCUUUGUAGAGGACGUGAUAUCGUUGCUGGAAAUUGGGUCAGAGGAUGAUGUCCGUGUCGUUGGAAUAUGGGGAAUGAAAGGGAUUGGUAAGACUACGUUGGCCAAAGUCGUCUGCGAUCGUGUUUUUAGGGAAUUUGAAGGUGUUAGCUUACUCGAAAACGUGGGAGAUGCAAACCAAGAUACUCUUUUACUUCUUCAGAAGAAACUUCUCCAUGAUAUUCUGAAGGUACAAGGUCUAGAAUUGUUUGAUCUUAACAGCAACAUCAACGAGAUAAAAACUAAGCUCUGUCGGAAAAGGAUCCUUCUAGUUCUCGAUAACAUCACUAAGAAGGACCAAAUUGACUAUUUCGGCGCUGGAGAUCGAGAAUGGUUCCGAAAUGGGAGUAGAAUUGUGAUAACCACAAGAGAUGAGCAGCUUCUGGAAGAUCUCAAAGUAGAUAACAAGUACAUGCUCCCAGGAUUGACUCAUAAAGAAUCGCUCCAACUCUUGAGUCGCCAUGCCUUCCGCAAAGACCAUCCUCAAGAAGGCUAUGGAGAGUUGUCGGAGAGUCUUGUCCACUACACUGGUGGACUUCCAAUAGCUCUUAAAAGAUUUGGUUCCUUCCUCUCUAAGAAGAGAAAAAAUCAGUGGCAUGAAAUAUUGGAGAAGUUGGUGAGAGACCCUCAUCUUGAUUCAGUUGGAUUACCUUUAGAACCGUUCUCCUCUGUUCUUCCCUUUCAAUCCCUAGGGCCAUAUGGAGGUCAUGGUGGGCGUCCUUAUGAUGAUAAAACAUACACCGAUGUUAGAAGGAUUACUCUAGUUGUAACAUCAGUGAUUGAGUCCUUUUAUAUUGAGUAUGAUCAGAAUGGGAGUUUGGUCCGCUCGCCAAUUCAUGGUGGACCUGCGGAAGGCAAAAUAUGCACGGUAAAAUUAGAUUAUCCAAAUGAGUUCUUGACAUCAGUGUCGGGCUAUAUCAGAGAGAAUGAGGGACCUGUCGUCAUUCAAUCACUUAUCUUCCACAGCAACAGGAGAACAUAUGGUCCAUUUGGCAAUGGGAGAGGGAGAUUCUUCAGUUUUCCACCGGUUGCUGGGAAGAUCAUUGGAUUUUUUGGGAGGUGUGGUAUUUUUGUUGAUUCCAUAGGAGCAUAUCUUCUACCGAUCUCUCAUUCAUAUCCAUUCGAAGUCGUAGGCCCAUUUGGAAACUGUAAUUAUGAAGACCGGUGGGACGACGACAAGCAUAUAGAUGUUAGAGAAAUUGAACUUGUUUCUGGUUCUGCAAUUGAGUCGAUUACUGUUACUUAUGAGCAAGGUUGUUCUUUUGCACAUGGUAUAGCAAGUGGUGGAGGCACAACGAACAAGAUAAAUCUGGACUGGUUAAUCGAGUAUUUAACUUCAGUUUCGGGCUAUAUUACGAGUGAUUGUGGCUCUACUAUCAUCCAUUCACUCACGUUUCAAAGCAAUAAAAGAACAUACGGACCAUUCGGCACUGAAACCGGAAGGAAGUUUUCAUUUCCAGCCACUGGAGGAAAAAUCAUUGGAUUUUAUGGGAGUUCUGGUUCCCAUCUUGAAUCUCUUGGAGCGUAUUUUGAACCAAUCUCUCAUCUAUAUCCAGUCGAGUUUAUUGGACCAUUUGGAGGCCAAGGUGGACACCGUUGGGACGAUGGAAAAUUUAAGGGUGUAAAGACAAUAAAGAUGAUGUUGGAAGAUGUUGUCAAAUGCAUCUCCUUUGAGUAUGACGAUAACGGCGAGUCUCUUUGGUCCCCUACGCAUGGUCACAGUGUCAACGGAGAUAUCCAUACGGUUAACUUGGACUACCCUCGUGAGUUCUUGACCUCAAUGUCAGGUUACACCAGACAUGAUAAUUCUGUCAUUCAAUCACUCACGUUCGAAAGCAAUAUAAGAAGGCAUGGACCCUUUGGUAAGGAAGAAGGGAGCUUCUUUAGCUGUGCAUUAACAUGCAACAAGAUCAUAGGCUUCCACGGAAGGUCUGGCAUCCAACUUGAUGCGCUAGGAGUCUACUCUGAACCAGUUUCUGAUCUCCAUCUCUUGAGAUCCAUUGGGCCAUUUGGAGGACAAGGUGGCAGUCCAUGGGACGAUGGAGAGAGCACGGGUGUGAGGGGAAUAAUUGUAAGAGCUGGAUUAGCUAUUGAUUCCAUUACUGUUGAGUAUGACAAGAAUGGGUCUGUGGUUCUGGGCCCUAAACGUGGUGAAGAUGGAGGGCAUCUAGCACCCGAGAUUAAACUCGACUAUCCUCGAGAGUACUUGACUUCAUUUUCUGGUCACUCUGGAAUUUGUUGCGGGCAUAUUGUUGUUCGUUCCCUCACAUUUCAGAGCAAUGAAAGAACUUUCGGGCCAUUCGGCGAAGAGAUUGGGAAGUACUUUUCUUUUCCAUCAACCGGUAAAAAGAUCGUCGGGUUUCAUGGGAGGUGCGGAUCAUGGAUUGAUUCACUUGGAGCCCAUUUUGAGACUUAAAAUGCUAAGAUUGACCUUUAUGUGCGCCAUGCAGUCGGCGUUCAAGUUUACGUGUAAAUAUGUAGCAUCGUGGACAUUCU